CUUAAAGAAAAAGUUGCAGAGAGAGUAUUGAUUUGAGUAUGACAGCAUAAGUCAGGCAGGUAACUGCAUAGUACGUACAAGCUCCCACUGUCCGAUCUAUUCAUAUAUCUAUAGAUGGGUAUAUAUAUAUACACACAGAUACUAUAAAUAACUCCACAGAUAUAUAGAUCUUUGUAGAUCAAGUAGAAAGGCGUGGCGUACGGUCUCACUCUUUGGAUUAUACAUAUUAUGAUGAUGAUGAUGAUGUGAGAACACGUGCACAGAUUUCCUUCCCACCAUCGUGAGGGUUUCAAGUUUCAUCAUUGUAGCUAGCUUAGCAAUUGGUCUCUCACUUCUUCACCAACUAGAUGGGAUGAAUCUUUUCUCUCUCACCUUCAUUGAUAAUUAGGUUGACAGAGAAAGAUGGCAACGUACUUUCAUGGAAACUCGGAAAUCCAAGGAGGGGGUGAUGGGUUGCAAACUCUUAUACUGAUGAACCCUGCUGGGUAUGUAAAUGUUGGAUUCUCUGACACCCAACCGGCGGCGGGGACCAAUUUCGCAUUCCUCAACUCCAUCACUUCUGGUGGGAACGCUGUUACGUUGUCACACGCGCCGCCGCCGCCGUCGCAGUCGCAACAGUUUGUCGGGAUCCCGCUUGCCACGGCCGCGGGGUCUCAUCAGGAGGCCCACGCUUCCGCGGUGCACUCUCAGCAGCAUGAUAUCACCGCCCUCCACGGCUUCAUCAGGUCUCAGUAUAACAACAACAUGUACGGGCCGCCGCCGUCGUCGGUUGAAUUGUCGGCGGCGCGUGAGGUGACACGCGCGCAGGGUGGGCUGUCCUUGAGCCUCUCCUCGUCUCAGCAUGGGAAUUUCCGGCCCGAGGGCGAGGCCGGGUCGACACAGCAGAUGGUGACUGCGGCUAUAUCUCCAACGUCCGGCGCCGACGAUCAGGUGCGGGUAUCCGGCGGAUCGUGUUCCUCCGCUUCCGCCGUUUCCAAUGGCGCUCAAAGUAGGAUUUUGAGUUCCAAGUAUUUGAAGGCGGCACAAGAGCUCCUUGAGGAGGUUGUUAAUGUCGGCAAGGGAAUAAAAACCGGCCCGGAAUCAUCAGCCAAAGGAGCUAAUUCUCAAGCCAAGAGUAUCGCCGGAGACUCCUCCGGCGAGGGACAAGCCGGAGUAGAGAGUAGCAGCGGUAACCGCACCACCGAGCUCACUACUGCAGAGAGGCAAGAAAUUCAAAUGAAAAAAGCAAAGCUUGUAAACAUGCUUGAUGAGGUGGAGCAGAGGUACAGACAAUAUCAUCAGCAGAUGCACAUAGUAAUAUCAUGGUUCGAGCAAGCGGCCGGACCGGGUUCCGCGAGAACCUACACGGCGGUGGCGUUGCAGACAAUCUCGAAGCAAUUCCGGUGCCUGAAAGACGCGAUCUUGGGGCAAGUACGAGCGGCGAGCAAGAGCUUAGGGGAAGAGGGUGUGGGAAUGAAGGUGGAAGGUUCAUCGUCCCGGCUGAAAAUGGUGGACAACCAGCUCCGACAACAGAGGGCUCUGCAACAGUUGGGAAUGAUCCAGCACAAUGCUUGGAGACCCCAGAGAGGAUUGCCUGAGCGUUCAGUUUCUGUGCUUCGAGCUUGGCUCUUUGAACAUUUCCUCCAUCCUUAUCCCAAGGAUUCAGACAAAAUCAUGCUGGCUAAACAGACAGGCCUUACUAGGAGUCAGGUGUCGAAUUGGUUCAUUAAUGCUCGAGUUCGGCUAUGGAAACCGAUGGUGGAAGAGAUGUACCUGGAAGAGAUCAAGGAGCAAGAAAAGAGUGGAGGAGGAGCAGAGGACAAAACAAGCAAAGAGGAAGCAGAUGAAGAAGAAGAAGGCUCAGCAUCUCUGCAACACAAAACUCCCCCUGGCUCAGAAAAUCAAGACAGGAAUAAUGAUAUUGACACCCCAAAACAAGCCAAUAAUAAUAAUAAUCCAGUAAUGUCCACUGCAGCAUCAACAUCUAUUACUGGGAUAACCAUGAAUGCCAACCAUCCAGGUUUCAACCUCAUUGGACCCUCAGAAAUGGAAAGCAUUACUCAGGGAAGUCCAAAGAAGCCGCGGGGGGGCUCAGACAUGCCCGCUCUCAUGAAAUUUGGCAACGACAGGCAAAACCGAGAAGGAUUCCCCUUGGUGGAGGGAUCAACAAACUUCAUGGCCGCCUUCGGCUCCUACCCAAUGGAGCAAAUGGGGCGGUUCACCACCGAGCAAUUCCCCCCGCCUUAUUCCACCAACGCUGUCUCCCUAACCCUCGGCCUGCAGCACAGCGAAAACCUCUCCGCCGCCAUGUCUGCCACACACCACAAUUUCCUCCCCAAUCAAAUGGGAAGGGGAGUCGUGAUUGGUGAAGCCGAAGCAAAUGAUUUCGUCGCUGGAAUGACCACUCCGACAUCUGCUCACCCCACCAGCGUGUUCGACAACUUCAACAUCCAAAACCGCAAGAGGUUCCCUGCACAAUUGUUGCCAGACUUUGUCACCUGAUCGAGUUUAAGGUUGUCUGCAGGGUCCUCCUCUUUGUCUGAUCUUCAUCACUAUUUUCUUCCAUUUCCCAAAACUAUUAGGAAGAACGACAUUUCAUUAUGGUUAGUGCAAACAACCUUGAAAAACAAAAAAAAAUUAAAAGCUUUUACAUAGUACAGGUCUACACUUUGCAGAAGAACCACUAGAGUUCUUAUGGAUAGUUUAGGCUUUUAGAAGAUGUGGUUGAGGAUUGUAUAUUAAUUUUGUUGUUGCAGAUAAGAUAAUUGGAUUGUUAUAUUGGAUGUGGAAAAACACAUAAUUUGGGAUGGUAUAGAAGAAGAUAAUGUUAAGUUUCA